CUCUCUAGAGAGAACGGGGAGAGAGAGAGAGAGUGAGCACGUUUCUCGCCAUGGCGACCUUCUUCUUCAACCCUACCUCUCCUCCCGCAAAAUCUGCCACUCCCUCUCCUCCUCGUUUUGCUCCGCCUCAUCUCCACCAGUUUUUUCCGAUCAACAUCUCUCUAAGCCCACGAAAGGGGCGAAUCCGCGGUAUCAGAGUCCUCAAAGAGUCCGCGGAGGUGGAGACCGAAGGGAGCGGCGAGGUCGGAGUCAACGGAUCCACCAUUGAUGCCGUAUCGGAAGCUCCGGUGUCGCCGCCUCCUAGGGUUUCUAUCCGGAGCAAGAACCGGGCCGAGGCUAGUAGCGAGAGUAGCUCCGAUAGGUUCAAGUCGCGCAAUGGGAGGGAGGUAUUUGAAGAGAAAGCAUACCUAGUUGGAGUGGAAUGUAAAGGGAGUGAAGAUGAUAGCUUUGGAAUUGAAGAUUCACUUAAAGAGCUCGCCCAGUUGGCUGAUACGGCUGGGCUUUUGGUUGUUGGUUCAACAUAUCAAAAGCUUGCUUCUCGAAAUCCGAGGACUUACAUUGGCUCUGGCAAGGUUGCCGAAAUCAAGAGUGCAGUUCAUGCCCUGGAUGUUGAAACUGUAAUUUUUGAUGAUGAACUGUCCCCAGGACAGCUGCGGAACUUGGAGAAGGCAUUCGGUGGGGAUGUUCGAGUGUGUGACCGGACUGCUCUCAUUCUAGAUAUCUUCAAUCAGAGAGCAGCCACUCAUGAAGCAGCUUUGCAGGUUUCUUUGGCGCAAAUGGAAUAUCAACUUCCAAGGCUCACUAAAAUGUGGACUCACCUUGAGCGGCAGUCAGGAGGACAGGUCAAGGGUAUGGGUGAGAAACAAAUUGAAGUGGAUAAGCGUAUCUUGCGUACUCAAAUAAGUGCUUUGAGGAAAGAAUUGGAGUCAGUCCGGCAACAUCGGAAGCAGUACCGCAACCGUCGCCUAUCUGUGCCAGUUCCUGUUGUGUCACUGGUGGGAUACACCAAUGCUGGGAAAAGUACGCUCUUGAAUCGCUUGACCGGAGCUGAUGUGCUUGCAGAGGAUCAGUUAUUUGCAACGCUCGAUCCAACAACAAGGAGGGUCCAGAUGAAGAAUGGGAGUGAAUUCCUGCUCACUGAUACUGUAGGAUUCAUUCAAAAGUUACCUACUACACUGGUUGCUGCAUUUAGAGCAACAUUAGAGGAAAUAUCAGAGUCAUCGCUUUUAGUUCAUGUCGUUGAUAUCAGUCAUCCGCUAUCUCAGCAACAGAUAGAUGCUGUUGAUAAAGUGCUGAAAGAAUUGGAUGUGGAAUUAAUUCCAAAGCUGGUAGUAUGGAAUAAGGUCGACAAGACCGAUGAUCCUAUUACAGUAAGAAAAGAAGCAGAACGGCAAGGCAUAAUUUGCAUAUCGGCCAUUACUGGUGAUGGUUUAGACGAGUUCUGCAAUGCAGUUCAAGAAAAAUUGAAGGACUCUAUGGUACCAGUCGAAGCUAUUGUUCCAUACGAAAAGGGAGAGCUCCUCAACGACAUAUAUCGGGUCGGCAUGGUAGAGAGAACAGAAUACAUGGAGAAUGGGACUUUUGUGAGGGCACAUGUGCCCCUUCCACUUGCCAGGGUACUCACUCCACUGAGGCAACAGGUGGUUGCUGUUCACUAAUACUAGUGCAAACUUGCUAUGGCUGUAUACUUUAGUAUUUUUAAUGAAGUAUCUUUGCCAAUUUGUACAUAUUCAGGUUAUUUUUCUCUCAGAAAGAAAAGAAAAGCCGAUUUAUGAUUUUUCAGAAUUCAAACCUCUGAUUGUGUAUAAUGAUCUCUCCAAAGAAUUCAAAACUAUUGUUUAGGAUUGUAAAUUAAAUGCUUAAAAGGAUUAUUUUGGAGCAAGUGCUUUUACAUUUAUCUCAA